AUGAUGACCAGCUACUCCGAGCAUGAGGGCUCCGCGGGGGCCCUACUGGCCCCGGAGACUGUCCGCGCAGCCAAAGAGCCCGAGGCGCCGCCGCCGAGCCCGGGCAAGGGCGGCGGCAGCAGCAGCGGCGCCGGGACUGCUCCGGAGAAGGCCGACCCAGCGCAGAAGCCCCCGUAUUCGUAUGUGGCGCUCAUCGCCAUGGCUAUCCGCGAGAGCGCGGAGAAGCGGCUCACGCUGUCGGGCAUCUAUCAGUACAUCAUCGCCAAGUUCCCCUUCUACGAGAAGAACAAGAAGGGCUGGCAGAACAGCAUCCGCCACAACCUCAGCCUCAACGAGUGCUUCAUCAAGGUGCCGCGCGAGGGCGGCGGCGAGCGCAAGGGCAACUACUGGACUCUGGACCCGGCCUGCGAGGACAUGUUCGAGAAGGGCAACUACCGGCGCCGCCGCCGCAUGAAGAGGCCCUUCCGGCCACCGCCCGCGCACUUCCAGCCCGGUAAGGGGCUGUUCGCAGCCGGAGGCGCCGCGGGCGGCUGCGGCGUAGCGGGCGCGGGCACCGACGGCUACAGCUACCUGGCGCCCCCCAAGUACCUGCAGUCCGGCUUCCUCAACAACUCCUGGCCGCUGCCGCAGCCGCCCUCGCCCCUGCCCUACGCUUCCUGCCAGAUGGCGGCGGCCGCAGCAGCCGCAGCGGCGGCGGCAGCUGCCGCUGGCCCGGGCAGCCCCAGCGCGGCCGCAGUCGUCAAGGGGCUGGCGGGCCCCGCCGCGUCGUACGGGCCGUACUCACGCGUGCAGAGCAUGGCUCUGCCCCCGGGUGUAGUGAACUCGUACAACGGCCUGGGAGGCACUCCGGCCGCGCCCCCGCCACCGCAUCCCCACCCUCACUCGCACGCACACCAUCUGCACACAGCCACCGCACCCCCGCCCGCUCCGCCGCACCAUGGUGCCGCUGUGCCGCCCCCGGGCCAGCUGAGCCCUGCCAGCCCGGCCACCGCCGCGCCCCCGGCGCCUGCGCCCACCAGCGCGCCGGGCCUGCAGUUUGCCUGCGCCCGGCAGCCGGAGCUCGCCAUGAUGCAUUGCUCUUACUGGGACCACGACAGCAAGGCCAGCGCUCUGCACUCGCGCCUCGAUCUCUAA